AUGCUUGGAAAACGCAAGCGCCAGACUGCGAUCGCAUCUCGACGCAUUGCGCGCAUUGACGAUGAGAAGCCAGAUAUGGAACCCGCUUCAGCCUCCGAUCAUGACGUCUUUCGCAGACAUUUUGAAUCCGUAUUCGAACCGAUACCCGAAUUUCAGACUGCGACAAGUCCUUCUCCUUCUCUAGCCGAUGCCGACGAAGUGGGCGAACCUCCAGAUGAAGAUUCGGAAUGGGGAGGUCUGUCAGAGUCGGAACCGGGGUUGGAGCCAGACAAUGCUAUGAUCCAGAUUGUUGAGCACCGAGCAGAUAUCGGUGCAGCGGAAGAUUCCGAGUUACAGAGGCAGCAAUACAAAGCAUUCAUGAGUUCGAGACCUCCGAAAGAAGUCGGGCGUGUGGCAAGGACACAGUCUGCUCAGGAGGUCGACGAAGAAGACACCUCAGAAGCACUCAACUUGAAACAUGACCUGGAUCUCCAGCGAUUGCUCAAAGAAUCCCAUUUGCUCGAACAGGCGAAGGCUUCGUCCACACUGGGUAGCCAUCGGCACAAAGCGCUUGACAUGCGAUUGCAGUCUCUGGGAUCGAAAGGGUCCGUGUUUCACCAGGAAAAGAUGCCGAUGGCGCACAGAAGGGGGAUCCUUGCGAAAGCGGCAGCCCGGGAGAAAGGCCGGCGAAAGGAGGCUUCAGAAAAUGGCAUCAUUCUGGAGAAGGCGGUGGCAAAGUCCAGAACAAAAGAACUUCGAAGGGAGCGGGCCGUCGAUGUCCCUGCCGUGGGAAAGUUUCGAGGAGGCACCUUGAUGCUUAGCAAGAGAGAUGUGCUCGACAUUCAAGGUCAAGGUCGCUCUGGGCCUCGCGGGAAACUACGCCGACCAUAG